AUGGCCACCUCUGGACGCCUGAGCUUCACCGUGCGCAGCCUUCUGGAUUUACCCGAACAGGACGCGCAGCACCUGCGGAGGCACGAGCCGGAGCUAUGCGCUCCCCAACCCGGCCCCUGCGCCACCUGGUUGGAAUCCGAGCGCGGCCACUACCCCUCCUCGGACGAGAGCAGCCCAGAGACCAGCCCGCCCGACUCGUCGCAGCGGCCGUCCGCUCGGCCGGUGUCUCCUGGCUCAGACGCUGAAAAGAGAAAGAAGCGUCGGGUGCUGUUCUCCAAGGCGCAAACGCUGGAGUUGGAGCGGCGCUUCCGGCAGCAGCGCUACCUGUCGGCGCCAGAGCGCGAGCAGCUGGCGCGCCUGCUUCGCCUCACGCCCACACAGGUCAAAAUCUGGUUCCAGAACCAUCGCUACAAGCUGAAGCGCGCGCGCGCACCGGGCGCGCCGGGGGCGGCGGAGUCGCCUGACCUGGCAGCAGCUGCAGAGCUGCGCGCCGCACCCGGCCUGCUGCGCCGCGUGGUGGUCCCCGUGCUGGUGCGCGACGGUCAGCCGUGUGGCGGCAGCGGCGAGAUGGGCACGGCCUCCGCCCAGGACAAGAGCGGCGCGUCCCCAGCCGCUGCCUGCCCUCUACCGGGCUACGCCGCCUUCGGGCCCUGCUCGGCUCUUGGCCUCUUCCCCGCCUACCAGCACUUAGCGCCCCCAGCCCUGGUCUCCUGGAACUGGUGA